UCUGCUUGGGACUCUGAGAAGUGUUCAGGAGUUCAGCUGCACCUCCAACAUGUCCUUCAUCAAAACAGAUGAAAAUUCUGACUUCUCCUACUACAAUCUGCCUUAUGGAGUUUUCUCCACCAGGAACAACGCUCGGAGGAGGAUCGGUGUGGCCAUCGGGGACCAGAUUCUGGACCUGAGCGUCAUCAAACAUCUCUUCACUGGUCCACAUCUGUCUCAGCAUCAGCAUGUAUUUGAUGAGUCCACUCUGAAUAGGUUCAUGGCUCUGGGAUCUGGUGCGUGGAGGGAGACCCGGACGUUCCUGCAGAAGCUUCUGCACGCAGAUGAACCAACACUGAGAGACGACCAUGAACUUAGGAGCAGAGCGUUUGUAGAUCAGAGUUCGUCAGUGAUGCAUCUCCCAGCUGAGAUCGGUGACUACACCGACUUCUACUCCUCCAGAGACCACGCCACCAACGUCGGCAUCAUGUUCCGGGGCAAAGAAAACGCGCUGAUGCCCAACUGGCUGAGGCUCCCGGUUGGGUAUCACGGUCGAGCUUCAUCUAUCGUUGUCUCAGGAACUCCAAUCAGAAGACCUCAAGGCCAGAUGAGGCCAGAUCCAACUCAGCCGCCGGUGUUCGGAGCGUCCAAGCAGCUGGACAUCGAGCUGGAGAUGGCGUUCUUCGUGGGUCCCGGGAACACGCUGGGAGAGCCGAUCUCCAUCGAGAGAGCUCACGAGCACAUCUUCGGCAUGGUGCUGAUGAACGACUGGAGCGCGCGGGACAUCCAGGCCUGGGAGUACGUGCCCCUGGGUCCGUUCCUCGGGAAGAAUUUCGGCACCACCGUCUCACCCUGGGUCGUUCCCAUGGACGCCCUGAUGCCCUUUGUGGAGCCCAACACAGUUCAGGAUCCUGAACCGCUGCCGUACCUUCAGCACAGCGAUCCAUUCACCUUCAACAUCAACCUCUUCGUCUCCAUCAAAGGUGAAAACAUGAGUGAAGCAGCAAACAUCUGCAAAUCCAACUUCAAGUUCAUGUACUGGACCAUGAAGCAGCAGUUGACUCACCACACAGUGAACGGUUGUAACCUGAGAGCCGGAGACCUGCUGGCAUCAGGAACCAUCAGUGGGCCGGAACCGGAGAGUUUCGGGUCCAUGUUGGAGCUCUCGUGGAGGGGGUCGAAGGUCAUCGAUCUGGGCGGAGGAGAGACCAGGACGUUCCUGAAGGACGGAGACGAGGUCACGCUCUCAGGUUACUGCCAGGGUCGGGGGUACCGGGUUGGAUUCGGGCUGUGCCAGGGGAGGAUCGUACCCGCCCUGCAGCACUGACGUUCCUCACGGUCUCCUGCACUUCAUCCACCCUUCUGACGUCCAUCCGUCCAUCUCAGGACCGGCUCGGUGCUUCACUUAUCCAUCAUGAUGUGUUAGGUCUCGUUCUGAGUACUGACCCUUAUCAGCAGGACUGUUCAUCAGCUCCUGGACACCUGACGUCCCAGCGUGAGGUGUAAUGAGCCGAGACGGUGUUACGUUAGCUUCUGACAGUCUGAUAAUAAACGUUUGUGAUGUCUGAGA